AUGGCGGAGCAGGGGCGGAGCUUGCGCAUCACCCGCGCGUCCAAGAAGCGGGCCGCCGCGGCCACGGCGGCGGGGGGCGGCGAGGAGCAGCGGACCCCGGCCACCAAGAAGCGCGUCGUCCUCGGGGAGCUCCCCAACCUGUCGAACGUCGUCGCCGCCGCCGCAGCCCCCCAGGGCGGCGGCGGGGGACCGAGCGCCAUGAAGCCCAAGCCCAGGCGGCAGCCCAAGGCGGUUCGGGGGAGGGUGGUCAGGAAGCCCGCGGCGGAGAGCGCGGCCAGCGGCGCCUCCCUGAGCGGACCCUCGCUGAGGUCCGAGGAUGGGGAUCCGAAGAUCGACGUCGAGCCCGCGUCCGACGAUCCCCAGAUGUGUCGAGCUUACGUGGCCGACAUCUACGACUAUCUGCAUAAGAUGGAGAUGGAGCCUCACAGAAGGCCUCUGCCCGAUUACCUCGAGAAGGUUCAGAAGGACGUGACGGCGAACAUGAGGGGGAUAUUGGUGGAUUGGUUGAUUGAAGUCGCCGAAGAGUACAAGCUGCUCUCCGAUACCCUUUACCUCUCCAUCUCCUACAUUGAUAGGUUCCUGUCCCUCAAUGCUCUCAACAGGCAGAAGCUCCAGUUGCUGGGCGUUUCCGCAAUGCUCAUUGCCUCAAAGUAUGAAGAGAUCAGCCCUCCUCAUGUGGAAGACUUCUGUUACAUAACCGACAACACUUACACGAAGGAAGAGGUCGUUAAGAUGGAGUCUGAUAUACUCAAGUCACUGAUGUUUGAGAUGGGCAAUCCUACAAUAAAGUCAUUUUUAAGAAGGUUUAAUCGAAUUGCUCAAGAAGGCCAUAAAACGAAUAAUCAUCUGCAACUGGAGUUCCUAGGCUACUACCUUGCCGAGCUAAGUUUGCUCGACUAUAGUUGCGUGAAGUUCUUACCUUCUCUGGUAGCUGCUUCGGUGAUAUUUCUCGCCAGGUUUAUGAUCCGACCAAAGACCCAUCCUUGGAGCUUAGCCCUGCAACAAUACUCAGGAUACUGUCCCAAAGAUUUGAAGGAAUGUGUGCAAAUCCUGCAUGACUUGUAUCUGAGUAGAAGGGGUGGAUCUUUGCCUGCUGUGAGAGAAAAAUACAGACAACAUAAGUUCAAAUGCGUCGCAAGCAUGGCCUCUCCACCGGAGAUUCCUGCUGGUUACUUUGAAGAUGUUGGAGAAUGAUGAGUUGGAUUGCCGUUGGUCAUGAAAUCAAAUCACAUUUUUCAGCAAAUGGAUAGAGAAAUGCACGAGUCUCAAGAUUGCAGGAUUUGCCAUCAGCUCUUUA